AUGGAUCUUACACCACCAUCUCUUACCAGGUCGCCGACAUCUCCAACUCACACCUACUGUCCAUCGGAACGCUCCUCGCUUGAAUAUCCAUCCCCAGACCUGGCGGCUCAACAUUACAAAAUCAGUUCCUUAUACGCUGCCGGCCAACUGUGCUCCCUAGGUCAGGCAGCCGAAGCCGACAUUUCUUUGCCACCUCUAGAGCCUCGACCGUCAGUAGAUUGGGCUACUUCCGACAUCAUGGCACCGUCGUCCUCGUCCUUCUCUAUCCCGAAUGUCCUUUCUUCGGGAUACGACCCGUUUGCUGAGUACGACACGCAAGUCUCCGCCUCGUACGGAUCCGACUCGUACCCUCCGCCGCCGUCUCACUCGUCCGCGCUAGGCCACCAUCAGCAUUCUCUGGCAGACUCUCCGGGGCGCUCACCCGGGCCACCAUCGUCAAGGAGUUCGCUUUCCUUUGCACAAGUUGGACAUUCCGCGAGUUCGUUGGGCCCGAGGAUCAAGAUGGAGAACGCCAACGAAUACGGAUCUGGAAUUGACGCCUCGCACUACGCCUCUCCACGCUCGAUGCAGGCACCGUACAUGACAGAAUCUAGCACUUACGGCAAUCUUCACCAAAAUUAUAUAUCAGAAAACCAAUCUCCAAGCUGGUCAAAGGUCGAAUACGGCGUAGAGCAGUACUAUCAAAAUCCACCCGCGGGAGAGCCAGCUCCUGCCAGUCGGGAAUCGAAGCGAGCAGACGAUGUGAAGCAUAAUCGUCCGAAGCGAGCGCCACGGAAGAUGACGUCUUUUGCGGACGCCCAAUACCAGUGUCAAGUCACGGGAUGUGGCAAGCUCUUCAGCCGCAGCUACAACUAUAAGGCACAUCUGGACACACAUGACGAUAAGCGGGAAUAUCCGUUUCCAUGCCCAGUGGCCGAUUGUAAUAAGAGGUUUGUCCGGAAAACAGACCUCCAGAGACACAACCAAAGCGUUCACAUGAAGGAAAAAAACCAUGGUUGUGACUAUUGCGGAAGGCUGUUUGCCCGAAAGGACACGCUUCGCAGGCAUAUGGAUGAUGGAUGUUCCAAACGCUUCGACGUUGGCACGUGCGACCUUCGUGUCGAGGGGUUCGGAGGCAUAGCGCCGGUCAAUCGUAGCAUGGGAGGGCCGAUACAUCCCAUGGGGCCCGGUUCCGGACCUCUGCCUCCCAUCAACGCGCCGAUCGGCGGCGGCGGCGGCAACAGCCUGUUACAUCCCGAGUCGUCGGCUUGCAGGAGCAGAAGCGUCUUGUCUGGCACGAGCGACGGAACACAUGGCGAUACUUGGCAACGGUGA